UUGGAAAAUGAAAUUCACACCAAAAUAAAUAUAUAUCUCUCUCUCGUAUAAAACCCUCCCACACUUGCAAAAGCAAGAAACCCUAAGAUCUUCCUCCUCUCGCUCAUCUCCGACUCCAAACCGUACAAUCUCAUCUCGCCUCUCAGCUUUUCUUGCUUGCGAUCAUGGAAGGAAGUGCGACUCCGAUCGUGGAACCAGAAUCCAAGUUUGGCUCGAACGUGGAAGGAACUGAGACUCCGAUUGUGGAAGCAGAGUCCAAGUUUGGCUCGACCGUGGAAGGUAGCGAGACUCCGGCUGUGGAACCAGAGCCCAAGGAUGGCUCGACCGUGGAAGCAAGUGAGAAUGAUAAUCCGAUUGUGGAAGCAGCGUCCAAGGAUGGCUCGACCCUGGUUGUAAAUGCAUAUCGUAUAAAGGUAGGAGGAGAUGACUCGACUCCAAUAUCCAAGUUCCUCUUGAUAGAUGUUGACUCCAUGUGCCUGCAUCUUCCUUUUGUCCGGGUUGUCUCCACUGUGGAAGGAGUAGAUGCAACACGUAUAGCGGAAGGAGGAGAUGACUCGACUCCAAUAUCCAAGUUUCUAUUGAUCAUCAGAGCAAUAGGAGAUUACGACUUUUCCAAUGUGUCCCUGAGCUCUCCUUCAAUACCAAGGCUGCCAGCUCCUUAUCUCGUUUUUAUGGAGGAAUUCCUUAAACCCUAUGCCAAGGCGAGACGCACCAAGGACAGAACUUUAGUUGCUGCUUUAACUGCUUGUGGGAAAAAAGGGACCUUCAUGUCCAGACUUCUCAUGCGUGUUCAGGACCAGGAACCUUUCCGUCUUGAGUCUGCUAAACGUAUGGAUGUGUACCAGAAGCACAGGGCAGUCUUCGACCGCCUUUUCUAUCCCAUGCAGCCUCCUUCUGAUGGUGAAUUUGAUGACGAGCCUGGUCAGCAAAUUAUGUCUCCAUUCGGCAUUUUCGUUGAAUACGAGGUCUUCCUCGCCGGCACGCGUCUCACAAGCUUUAAUGGUUCAUUUGGAAAAUGGAAUUCCAUGUCAGCUGAGGACAAAUACCGUGAUGUGAAUUACCAUGAAUCAUCUUCUGAUGGUUCCUCUGAAGAAACCGAGUAUUUUCGCCCAACAAAUGGGCUUCUAGUUUAUCUGUAA